AUGUUUUUCGUAGCCCUGGUGUUGCUGCACCAGACGAUGUCUGUUGUGGGCGGUUCAGCCUCCUCCAUUUCGCCGGGAAACUUAACGACCAUAUCAGAGGACGACAUGCGUCGCCUGACCUUUGUUAAGUUGGGUGUCGCCGUGGGCAUGUUUACAGUAACUGCUAUAGCCUGUGGCUUUCCCCUUCUCAUUAUGACCUGUAUCACAAAAAGGGACCGGUCGCGGGGUAAUGUCACCGCUGCCAACUUCCCUGGUGGCUCAAGCCCUGACUAUGCCUCUUCUUCUCUCGUCUCUCAUAACGCAGUUCAAGAUGAUCCGGAGGCAUCGUUGCCCACCCUCCUGCUCGAUUCGCCAGGCGCCGAGUCGGAGGAGUUGCUCCUGAAUCGCGGAAACGACUCCCACCUGCCCGAUAUAUCGAGGGAAUCGAACCGCGGCCCCUUCUACGAGGUCGUCAGUCGUGACGGAAGCCCCACGUCGAUGGCUGCUCCCCGUGAAAACGACCGCCUUCACUGGGAGAAUUCAGCUGGAAAUCUUGAGGCCGAGGUCAGAGAUAAUGAUGCGGUAAACAGCGCCGCUGGAGGCCACGGAGCUACUUCAUCUUUCCCAGUAAAAAUGCCUCAACGGCACGAGUCGCGACGGAGGUUGUGCAUGAUUCGCAAGUGGGCUAGUAGGAUUAAUUGCUUCGCUGCAGGAAUCUUCCUCACCACCGGUCUUAUGGAUCUCUUCCCCGAAGUGCAAGACGCCAUGGCAUUGGCCCUGAGCUCACUAAAAAUUAAUUCCGAUUAUCCCUUCUCUGCACUCUGUACACUUAUCGGUUUCUUUCUUGUUCUCUCCGUGGAACAAAGUCUCCACGUUUGUUACUCCCAACGUCGUCGGCGACACGGCUCAACGGCCGCCACCGAACCUGCCUCCCUCAACCACAGCCAUAACGUAAUCCUUAACUAUGGCAAUGAUGGAAAUGCGUCGACAUUUUUCCGAAUCAUGCUUCUCCUCAUUGCGCUUUCAGUUCAUUCCGUCUUUGAAGGACUGGCUGUUGGCCUCCAACGAAGCAUAUCCGAAGUGGUUACUCUCUUCUCGGCCCUCCUACUGCACAAGGUUAUAAUGGCAGCCAGCAUCGGGGUCUCACUCGCUACAGCGCGUCAGCAGCGUGGCGGCAUUGUUAAGUCCCAGUGGAUUGGAGCUUUGGUCUUUUCUUUUGCAUCACCUCUAGGUGUUCUCAUUGGUUGGGCUUUGAUUGCACAGCAGUCGUCGCCUACACUGCUUAUGGCCAUUGCGGUACUGCAGGGGUUGGCCUGUGGCACCUUCUUUUUCGUGGUCUUUUGUGAAAUGUUGCCCCACGAGCUUGGAGAGGAUACAGGGCUUGUACGAGAUAGAUUGGGGAAGAUGAUCUCCCUAGUUCUUGGCUUCGCUUUGGUUGCUGGCUAUAUUGCUUUUGAGCCCAAAUGA